UAAGAGACAUUGACAACUGGUUGAAUGAUCCAUCUCACAGAAACGAGGUAAUUGCCAUGCGAUUCGACGACACCACAAUGACCUCCGGCUUCGACAGUUUCAUCCCCAUCUUCAGAGACUACUUUACUGGAGCGAACGGGAAGGUCGGCAUCAAUGCAGUGACGGGCAGUUGGCCGACUCUUGGAGAAGCAGUGGCACAAAACAAGCGUGUGUUCAUUUUUAUGGUAGACGAUCUUUGUGACAGCAGCUGUAGGAGUUCUAACCCCUACAUCACUUCGGCUGAUCUUUACGGCGACACAUUUCUAGAUCUUAAGUUGACGUCAUCAUGUAGUAGCAUGCCAGAAGAAACAAGAAGCAAGUGUGCAAGCAUAAGCAAGGAUUUGAUCAUUGUCUCAGCAUUUCCUUCCUUAGGCUGGUGUGUUAGUAAAAUGCAGAAAAAGUGUAACCAGUACAUCAGGCCCAGUGCCAUGGACUGUUACAACGAACGGAAGAAGCAGGGCCAGACGGUGAACUUCCUGGUGGCAGAUUACGUCAACCAAGCCGAUACCAAUGAAAAUGUCAUCACCGUCGCUAAUGAACUAAAUCAGCUCAAUAUGGGAAACUAAGUUUAGUAAAAUGUCGAUUUCUUCGUUGUUUAUCAGUGUAACAAUCACUUUCAAAUAAACGUAUUGACUGCGCAGUGCGAA